AUGUUUCUGAAGUUGAGCAAAGGCGGCCUCGCUGUAAAAAUUGCUAAGGUUGUGAACAACGGGCCUGUGCAUUUGGCGAGAAAACGGGAAAUGAGAACGUUCGGUUUGAGAAGUAAAUUCAGUAAUGUGCACACACAAAAUGGAGAAAUGGCUAGCUGUGCAGAAAAUAAAAAUAUGACUUGUUCAGGUGAUUUGCUGGAAAAAAUAGAGGAAAUGCAAUUGACGCAAUCUGAGCAACAGCGGCAACAUGAAGGGGGAUUGGAAACUUUUUACAUGAACGAGGAAAAGAACAUUAAAUGCUCAAGAGACGUGGAAUAUGAACACACACACACUUGGACAUAUAGAUGUGAAGCACCAACACAGGAUGAUAAUGACCUAGGGGAAAAGAGAAAAAUUGCAGAAAAAUAUAAAUUCAUUUUUGAGAGACCGAAACACAUUGCACACAUCGAUGAUGAGCCAGUAGUAAGAAGACCAGGGUGUAUAAUUGACAUAAAAACUUUACUAAGAAACAAUUGGACAUUUCCUGCUGUUGGGUUUAAUAGCAAAUUGGAAAUACCUGUAUACAAAUUUGAAUGCGAGCCAAAUGAUGAAAACAUAAAAUAUGUACAUGUUCCAAAUGAUAUAUUCGGACUACCAAUCAGAUCAGACAUAUUACACAAGUGUUACUAUUUUUAUAGAACUGCAUUAGCAGGAUAUACUGAGCGAAUGCAAUUAUAUAAAUGGGAAUGGCCAGGGAGCACAAAAAAAUAUCGAAGCCAAAAAAAAAGUGGAAAAGCAAGAAUGAAUUGGAGAAAAACAUGUGGUAGAUAUUUAGGAGUAAAAAAUCAUCCUUUAAGACCAUUUGAUCAGAGGACCAAAAUAAAUCGCAAGUUUUUGUGGAAAGGUAUGAAAAUUAUUUUAUCAGCAAAAUAUGCACAAGAUCAAAUAAAAGUUGUUGAUAACUUUUUAAUAAAAUCACAUAAAACAAAAUAUGCUGUUAAAUAUUUGAGAAAUAUUCUAGGAUCCAAUUGUAAUAGUGCUUUACUUGUGCAUGAAGGAAAAACUGAUGUUAAUGAUAAUUUUUUCUGGGCAUGUGCAAAUAUAGCUAGUGUUAAGAGAGAAAAUGUACAAGGGGUAAAUAUAUAUAACUUACUAAAAUAUAGAUAUGUUGUUUUUACUUUUAAAGCUUUGAAAAAUUUAAUUUACGAGUUGAAAACAUAUCCACAUAAAAUGAAAUGGUUACCUACUUAUGCAACCCCUGAUAAUUCAAUAGCUCCAAAACCUGAAAAAGUUAAAAAUUGGAAUAUUUCGUGGAAUGAAAAAAAAAAAAGAAAUAAUUUUGCCUUCUUCGAUAAACAAGCUUUAAAAAAAGAUAUAGAAGAAUGGAAAUGGAGCAGUGAUUUAAAAGGUGCUCUUAAGGUUAAAAAGAACGAUCCAUACAGAAAUUUCAUUUUGACAAAAUUUUCUUGUAAAGAUCCACUCCCCGAAUUUGCAAAAUAUGAAUAUCUUUUCAAUGUAGAAGACUAUAGAGACGACACGGAUGAAUUUGCUUCGGAAGACUCUUGGGACAUCCUUGCAGAAAUGCUUAAUGAUGAUGAGUGCUUGCCAAACCGUGCGCACUUGUCUUCACUGGGUUCUGCAACCCCCGGAGAAGUGGCAAAAGAGGUUCCUAACAAUGACACAGAAGAAGACGAGCAUGAUGAAAAUGACAGUGAUAAUGAUAGUGACAGGGAGGACAAGGAUGAUGACACUUAA